AUGGCUAUGAUCGCUUGCUCCUCUUCUUCUUCUUCUUCUUCUUCCCCCACUUCUCCACCAUGGCUUCCGCUCUUCCUCUUCUUCCUUUGUGUCUUCUCCACUUCCUUCUUUUCUUCAACAGCAAAAAUUCUUUAUGCUCCCCACUGCAACACCAUUGUACCUGAAGCCAAGUCGACCAACCGCUUCACGACCUCACACUCUGCCUUCGACAUCUCCCAUGGUUACUUUUCCGGCGGUGCCAAAAUCUUCCACCUGGAGCAUUUGUCCUUCUACUUCAGGCCCAUUUACCUCUACAAGACCCUGUCGCCGGACAGCCUUCAAGUAGAUGGAGAAUUAGUCCUUCGCGGUGCAAAAAUUCUGGAGCCGAGUAAACCUUCAAGGAGUUAUUGGAACUACUCUCGCGGCAACAUCAGCACUGAAGAAACAAGAUUCCACUUCUCUGGCUUUUGGUCCAAGUCAACCGGCAUGCUUUGCAUGGUUGGCCAUGGCACCUUCACCCAAACCGAAGGUAAGUCGCUUCCUCUAUCUGCCGUUUUCAAGCUUUUCUACCCACAAAAUGCCACCAUUCAUACCAGCCUUGUGAAGGGGACUUUAGAAAGCUUGAGUAGUGACGACGCUGAUGACUUCCUCAACUUUGAUCCUAUCUUUCUUUUAGCCUAUGCGCAAAAUAAUUAUAAUUUCACUAUGAAAUCUCAAGCCAACAGAGCAUGCUCCUCCCUUCCAGAGCUUGAGAACUCCAUGAGUUUUGAUGAUGAUUCAGUUUGUAAUUUUCUCCCAUACUUGGCUUACCAACCAUUCAAAUUAGACUACGAGAGUUGCUCUGGUGACAGUAGCGGCUGCAAAACCUUAGAUGCGAACCUGGGAUUCUCCUCGAGAUUCGUGUACUUUGAUAUGGUCCAGUGCAGAGACGAAGGCAAGCUGCAGUUGCUGAUGGAAUUUUCCAAUAAGAGUCGGCGUGAAUAUGCUAGAGCACUGGUGCCUGAGAAGUCCCUUAUUGGCGAAGGGUAUUGGGAUCGUACUAAAAACCGGCUAUGCCUCGUCGCUUGUCACAUCCACAAUCAAACAUCACUCAAUGAAACAUCACUCACAGCGCCUUCUGUUAGUGAUUGCUCCAUUGCAUUGAGCUUGAUCUUUCCCUCAGUCAUAACACUGAAGAACAGAAGUGACAUCGUCGGUCAAAUGUGGAGUAACAAGAACAAGGAUGAUGCCGGCUACUUGAGCAACGUCUCCUUCCGGAGUUGGAGAUAUCAAGGGUUUACAACUGCUAGCUACAAAUACACUGAAAUAGAUUCUGUCAGAAAGAAUUGCAGAGCGAUUCUGGGUUUGAAUUCGAGCGAGCAUGUGUUUCCCGGUGCCAAUGACUUGAACUUUCGUGCGGACUUUAAUGAUUCAGCGGGAAGAAUUGGUUGGGGGAGACUGAAAACGUUAUCAGUGGGAGACAAGUUAUAUGAACAUGCUGCAACUGUGGUUAUGUCAGCUAGCAGCCCGACUCAAGGUGAGGAAAGUAGUGGUACCCUUAACAAAACGUCGUUGAAUAAGGAUGUGAAUGUAAGCUGUUCUAUAACCUACCGUUUUAGAACUGGAAGAAUUCUGAAGAUGCAGCUCUUCUCUAAUUUUUCUGAAGAAUUCGAACUUGCAGCUGAGGGAAUUUACAGUUCUGCAACUGGAAUGCUCUGCAUGAGGGGAUGCCGGUAUCCAAAUUUGGACUCUGAGAAUCACAUGCCUAUGGACUGCGACAUCUCGAUCAACAUCCAGUUCCCCCCUCUCAAUCCAAAAUCAGAGGAUCAGGGCAUCAUUAAUGGCACCAUCACAAGCACAAGAGAAGAGUCCGAUUCUCUUUACUUCAAACCAAUUACAGUGUUCUUCCGUCGUUACAUGUUCAUGGCGACUGCAGCGGAGUCGAUCUGGAGAAUGGAGAUGGAGACAGUCAUGGUGCUGAUCUCACUCACCUUUUCAUGCUUGUGCAUCUUGUUACAGAUCGUCCAUGCCAAUAAGCACCGCGACGUCGUUUCGUCCAUUUCCAUUGUCAUGCUCCUGAUCCUCAAUCUGGGCUUCGUCAUUCCUCUGGUGCUCAACUUCGAAGCCCUGUUCGUGAACCAGAAGCAGAAUAAUCUCUCCCUGGGAAAUGGUGGGUGGCUCGACGUCAACGAGGUGAUUGUGAGAACGCUAUCCUUGGCGACUCUGUUCCUGACCUUCCGCCUGCUUCAGCUCGUGUGGUCCGUCAGAUCGGCAGUGGACAGAAAGGAUCAAAGUGCGGCAGAGAGGAAGAGCCUCAAGCUGUGUCUGCCGCUCUACUUCGCCGGUGCACUGCUCACUUGGUGGGCCAACCGAAAGACGUCCUCGGCAAACCAACUGCGGGAUGAGCUAAUCCUUUAUGCCGGCCUGGUGCUCGAUGGAUUCCUGCUGCCUCAGAUCGUCUUUAAUCUUUUCCACAAAUCGAAGGAGAGAGCUUCGAUGACUUUGACGCCGUUCUUUUACGUGGGGAUCACGCUCACGAGGGCGCUGCCGCACUUGUACGACGCCUAUCGAAAGCGGCGCUACGUGAACGCAGUGGAUGACUCGUCGACGCUUUACGCGAGGGCGGAUGGGGAGUUCUACUCGGUGGCGUGGGAUGUGGUAGUGCCUUGCGGAGGAAUGCUGUUGGCGGUGAUCGUGGGCCUGCAGCAGCGGUUCGGUGGUGGCUUCUUGGUUCCUCGGCGAUUGAUGAGGAAGAAUCUCGCUGGGUAUGAGUCGGUGCAGGCGGUUGGACUCUAG